GCGGCGCAGCGCAGAGCCCGCCGGCAGCCCGCGGGGAGGGAGCCGCCGCCGCCAUGGGCUGCACCGUGAGCGCCGAGGACAAGGCGGCUGCCGAGCGUUCCCGCAUGAUCGACAAGAACCUCCGCGAGGACGGCGAGAAGGCGGCGCGCGAGGUCAAGCUCCUGCUGCUCGGUGCUGGCGAGUCCGGGAAGAGCACCAUCGUCAAACAGAUGAAGAUUAUCCAUGAAGAUGGCUACUCGGAAGACGAAUGCCGGCAGUACAAAGCCGUGGUCUACAGCAACACCAUCCAAUCCAUCAUGGCCAUCAUCAAGGCCAUGGGGAAUCUGCAGAUUGACUUCGGAGAUUCCUCCAGAGCGGAUGAUGCUCGCCAGUUGUUUGCGCUCUCCUGCACUGCGGAGGAACAGGGGAUCAUGCCAGAGGACCUGGCCAACGUGAUCCGGAGGCUGUGGGCUGAUAAUGGGGUUCAGGCCUGCUUUAACCGCUCCCGAGAAUACCAGCUGAAUGACUCUGCUGCCUACUACCUGAACGACCUGGAGAGGAUAGCUCGAGCCGACUACAUCCCCACCCAGCAGGAUGUGCUGCGAACCAGGGUGAAGACCACCGGCAUUGUAGAAACUCAUUUCACGUUCAAGGACCUGCAUUUCAAGAUGUUCGACGUGGGUGGCCAGCGGUCAGAGCGGAAGAAGUGGAUCCACUGCUUUGAGGGGGUGACGGCCAUUAUUUUCUGCGUGGCUCUGAGUGCCUACGACCUGGUGCUGGCUGAAGACGAAGAGAUGAACCGGAUGCAUGAGAGCAUGAAGCUCUUUGACAGCAUCUGCAACAACAAGUGGUUCACAGACACAUCCAUCAUCCUCUUCCUCAACAAGAAAGACCUCUUUGAGGAGAAAAUCGUACAGAGCCCCCUGACCAUCUGCUUCCCAGAGUACACAGGGGCCAACAAGUACGAUGAGGCAGCCAGCUACAUCCAAAGCAAGUUUGAGGACCUGAACAAGCGGAAGGACACAAAGGAGAUCUACACACACUUCACCUGUGCCACCGACACCAAGAACGUGCAGUUCGUCUUUGAUGCCGUGACCGAUGUCAUUAUCAAAAACAACCUGAAGGACUGCGGGCUCUUCUGAGGGCAAGCGGCGCCGGGCAGCAAGGGUGACCAGACGUGCUUGUCCCGGCAGGAGAGCCGCAGCCAGUGAAGGAAGGACCUCACCAUGUAACGACUUCUGCUUCUCUUCUUUUGUUUUGUUUCCCCACAACCCCGUAAAGAGACUUUGAUUACGAUCGUGGAGGCAGGGGCAGGGUUGUGCUCUCCACUGCUUCCUGGCUGCGUUACAGCCCAACCUGCACCAUCCCCAUCCGCCCCCUUCCUCCCCUUUGCAGACGUCCUCUUGGCUACAAGCCCGUGGCUGCAGGUUGUACCAUUGUGGUCCUUUCUUGCUUCCCCUCUCCACUCCAGAGGCUUGGGAAAAUGAGGUUUUAAUCUUUGAUUUAACUGGUUGAGAUUGCUCCAAACCCUCCUUUUUAUCUGCUUACAAGAAAUUACUGUUUACAUUCAAACUGUUGCUCUUGCGGGGGGGCAUGGAGGUUCCAGCUUUCCUGGCGUUGCACAGACCAGCAAGGAAAACCCACCACCCAGAAAACACAACCAACAACAUUCCUUUUAGAAAAACAGAAAAAAAAACACACAUACACACACACAAAAAAGAGCUUGGUUUACAUUGCUUUUUAAAGACAUCUUUUUAAGAAACUAUUUAAAAGCGUCAAGUGCUAAGUGGUUGCGUUGGUCUUCAUGCAUUCUUCUGCUGCAGCUCAAAACCACCACCAAAAUUUUGUGCCUUGCAGGGGCGUCUCAGACAGUCGCCCCCCCUCCCCUGGCUCGCUCGCAUGUGGGUCGAGGGCUUGGGGUUGGGGGCUGAAAGUCACCCCGCCACCUCCGGCGAUCUGCUGGGAGCAGGGAGACACAUCCCAGGCCUCCCCGCGGCAUGGCCCAGCUCAAGGGCUGGCGUGCGGGGCUGCCUGUCAGGUCGCCAUACCACCGCCUCUCUCUUUCUAAGCCUAGUUUUUGUAUGUCUAACUGUUACAUUGGUCGAGGAAACCCUGCUGUAUAAAAU